GAAUCCGGACUGUUGUUUCAGACGGAACGCAGAGCAACCGUUGACGCAGAAGAAGCGCCUGGAAGACUUUGGUAUUGAACAAAGCCGCUGUUAAAGGAAUCUCUUUGACUGUGGCCGAGUCCCGGACAGUAGUUGUUCUCACUGUAAUGUUGCUACAGUGACUGUUUAAGAUGGAAGGAGGAAGUUCCGAGUUAUCCGGUCCCACUCUUCCCCUCUCCGCCCUGCGUCUCCUGGUUUCCCCCAUCCGCAUGGUGUCUGCUGCGAUCUGGCACACGGUGGAGCAGAAGAUUGUGUCCGACUAUGGCCUGCUGGAGGAGUUUGUGUUCAUGGUCACGGAGAUUGUUCCUCAGCUUCUUUCUACAAGGCAGCGAGCCGAACUCAUUCUGGGCCUCAGAGCACGACUGAUCCUGGAACUGUGUCGUUCCGAUGAGACGGCCGACCUGCAGAUUAUCCAGCCUCACCUCGACCGAAUGCAGAGCCUCAGGUCUCUGUGGAAAAUAGAGUCUGAUGCAGAAGUGUCUGAUUCUCAUUUCAUGGGCCUUGUUCAAAAUUUGCUCAGAGAUCCAGAUGAAAGAAUGACCUUUUUCCAGGAUGUUUUUCCUGGAGACUUUGGGCCCACAUACGACAAAGCUAUUCAGACUCUGAUGUGGCUGUUUCUGUCCAGACUUGAAAAGCUCCUUCCUGCUCAAAGUCUCCAGCAGGUUGUUUCACUGAUGAGUGACACCACCUCUUUCCUGAAUGAAUCCAUGGAGACUUUAGUUCAACCUGAAGAUCUAAAGGUUUUGUUGGACACACAGAAAAAUCUCACCCACCUUGAAGAUAUUGAGUCUUAUGUUGUCGACAGCGGCAUCUUAUCUGCCCUUUGUCUUCCUCCUGUGGAAAGAGUCGUGAUUGUCAACGAGCAGCCAGGAACCGACGCAGAGAGUGGCCUCGUGUAUACAGUCUGCUCAGAGAUGGAGGUGGAAUCUGAGAACAAAGAAGUGUAUGUCGAAGUACCUGGGAGCACAGCAGAGUGUGCAGAGCCACAGUGGUUUGGCAUCAGUGGAGAGGUGAAGGCUGAAAUGGACAGUGUUGUGGUCUCGGAUCCCACUGAAGGCACUGAGGCCAGCGAGGGGGAAAUGGUAGACGACCAGCACGAUGACCAUGCGGGGACUCUGAUCAUUGGGGAGGACGGCCAAGUGACACUGCUAGAUGGCGUGGAGAAGAAGCCAAACAGACGUGGGCGGAGAAGGAAAUGCCCAGACGACGAUAAAGAUUAUGAAGUGGAAAGUAAAGCAAGGGGCUUUAAGGAAGACUUGGAUGCAGACCCCUUGUGGGAAAGACCAGUGAGAAAGAAUCGAGGACUUAAGAUGAAACGGUACCUGUCGCAGUGGAGAAAAUCAGGCAAGACUUUGGGCGGUACCACGGUUUCCCAGAGUUCAGCAAAAAACGACUUGGAUGAGAGAACGUGCAAGGUGUGUGGCAAAGUGGUGAGCCAGGCCAAGUUCCUGCAGAGACAUAUGAAUCAGCACACAGAGGAGCUGCCCAUUGCUUGUUCUGUGUGCAAAAAGUUUUAUAAGAGUUUACGCUUCCUGCAGCAGCACAAAUGUACGACUUCAACUAAGGUAAAUCCAGAUAAAGAUACUCAAGGACAAGAAACCACAUCAGAUGCUGGUGAACAGUCAUCCAGUGGGGUCAUUUGUGAGUCGUUUAUUGACGAUCAUCCUCCAGACAGCGCGGCCCAAGAUCCUGACUAUAUCAUGUCGGAGAAGUCCUCCGGGGAAUUAGGAGAAAGAAGCCCAGACGGAAGCAAGAGUGGCCUGGAAGGUCCGUUCUACUGUCCUCACUGCAGCGUCGAGUUCAAGUGCAGACAAACGUUUAGGUUCCACAUGAGGAACAUUUGCUACACUGAGCAGCAAGUGGAUCCAGAGAACCCAGAUGAUGUGAAACACUGUUUCAGAUGUGACGAAUGUGACAAGGCCUUUAAGUACAAGUCCACGUUAGAGUCCCACAAGCAGACCCACAACCCGCUCUACUGUGAGGUCUGCAUGAAACUAGUACGUGACUCAGAGGCUCUGGCCAUGCACAAAGAAUCCCACACGCCGUUCCAGUGUAAUCGGUGCGAGGAGCACUUCCCUGUGUUCAAGGCACUUCAUAAGCAUUACAUCGAUGCCCACAACCCCACUGAACCUUUCACUUGCCCGUACUGUGACACGACCUUUGCCAGUUUGAAGCGUUUCAUCAGACACGAGUGGAAACACACCGGUUACCAGCCUUUCCAGUGCACUCACUGUGCUAAAAGGUUCCGCUCAUACUCUGACCUUGUGGAGCACCAGAAGAAGCACACAAAGGCGUAUCCGUACCUUUGCUGGGAGUGCGGCAAGAAAUUCAGGCACGGCGUCACGCUGACAAGGCACGUGGAGCGCGUGCAUCAUGCUGGAGAACCCGUAGACGAAAAACCUACCACGAUCUUCCCUUGUACUCAGUGCGAUAAGACCUUCACUUCUAGAAGGUGCCUUCUAAAACACGAUAACUUCCACCACAAAGGGAUGCGCUUCCCAUGUGAGCACUGCGGAAAGGGAUUCUUUGGGAAGGACGCAUUGGUGAGGCACACUUUGAUCCACACCGGCGAAAGGCCUUUCAAGUGCGAUGACUGUGAGAAGUCUUUUAGAUCCGCAGCAGAACUGAAGAUUCAUAGGCGGUACCAUACUGGAGAAAGACCGUUCAAGUGCACCAUAUGUGAAAAGGGUUUUGUCCAAUCCUGUUUUCUUACUUUGCACAUGCGAACACAUACAGGAGAGAGACCAUAUGUAUGCGCAGUUUGUAACAAGGGCUUUUCAAGUUUGCAUGGCCUCAAACGACACAGGAGACUUGUCCAUUCCUAGUUUCUAUCAACAUUAAAUUAAUCUUAAUGUGGACUUUAACUAUCAGUUUACUAUGUCCCUUAUGAAGGAGGUUAGUUUAGCUUCAGCUUUGUGCCAGAAAAUAAAAAUGGAUUGCUUAUGAUAUUAAAUCUCACCAUGGCUGUUUGGGUGCUAGUUAGAUAUGGAGACUUGACACCAAGUUUUCCUCUUCUGUGACAUUGUCCAUAUAUUGCGUGGUUGCCACAGACCUGCGUUGUCAGAAAUGUAUAAUUGUACUGAAUUCUAAAAAUGUAUCUUUGUAUUUUUUACAGACAUGUUUGCUGUAGUUCUAUGUAUAAUUUGUAUGUAUGUGAUUUAAAAUUUAAUUACCUUUAGAAAUUUGGUUUUUCUUCCUUAAAUAAAAAUUUCUAGUGUCACUUGC